AUGAGGGUCCUUUUUGUCCUGCCCGCUUUCCUGUUCCUCGCAACCUGUUCGGCCUUCGAAACAGGCAAGGAGUACGUGUACAACUACAACGGCAGACUGCAGAUCAAGAACCCGGAGCAGCCGCUGCAGUCGUCGGGAUUCGCUUUCCGGAGCAAGGUGGUCGCCCAGCCCAAAUCAGACCACACAUAUUUCAAGAUAACAGACUUCGAGGUGGACUCGUUCAACGGGGACCGCAUUAUACUGGACGACCAUCAGUUUAACUAUCACUCCACUGACGACCUGAGAAAGUUCAUCGAGAGGCCAUUUGCCGGAACAUUUUCCCACGGAAAGAUUGUUGAGAUUGCGAUCGGCAGGGAGGAGCCCCUCUGGUCCAAGAACCUUAAGAAGGGAGUCCUCAGCACCUUCCAACUUGACCUCGUCACGGGACGGCAAAAUAAUCCCACCGUAGAGGAGUACACGACAAGAGAGCAUGGGCUCCACGGAAACUGCGAAACCAAGUACUUGGUGACUGAGAAAGAAGGCCAUAUUGAAGUUUUCAAGGUCAGGGACUUGGACCUCUGUGACAAGGAAGCUCACAUAGUUUACGGCAGAAUCAAGGGACACAAAUGCGUCGAGUGUGAAGCCAUGGAGACUCACCCUCUGUCGUCUACUUUCGAAGUGAAAUACAGACUCGAUGGAACGUCCCAACAUUACGUCAUCAAGCAUGCCUCUGCCGCCUCGGACACGCUCUUCCAACCCUUCGGCGCCGGAAAGGCCGUUCGUGUUGUGGUCAACCGUACAUUGUUCCUGGACGAGGAACGCGCCGCCAACGCGGACAUGCAGCUUCCAGAUGACGUGGGUGUUUCGGAUGAACUGACGCACUCCUUCUCCGAGUACGGCAAGGCACAGACGCUCGAGGAUCUGAAGCACCCCAACCACUUCAUCAUCGACAGCAAGCUCCAGAACGGGAGGCAAAACUUCGUGGAAGGCCUCAACCAUCUAGCAGCGUUCGGAUACGACGACUCGGAUAUCGGAUCCGUGGACACCAAGGAGAGCGGUGCCCUCCGCUUCCUCCUCCUGUUCAGAUCGAUGGCGUCCAUGCGCUACGAAGACAUCGAGCAGGUCUACGAGCAGAACGUCGUCAACGCACCGGAGCCCAAUCGACAGAACGUCAGGAGGCUUUUCCUGGAUGUUUUGGCAGCGGCUGGCAGCAACCCGCACGUGGCCUUCGGUCUCAAACUCCUCAAGGAAGGCAAGCUCUCCGGGGGCGACGCUGAGCACUUUCUCACCAGGCUGCCACUCAACCUCAAGGAGCACAGCCCUGCCCUUAUCACUCAACUCGCAGAUAUCUGCCGGUCCCAGAUAGUCCGGAGCCAGCGUCAAAUGUGGGUGAUGUGCAUCCUCAGUCUGAGCACCAUCGCCGGUCAGCACGGCUGCGUUCGCGGCAAGACCGAAGACGAGCCGGACAAAGGAACCUGCUCAGUUGCUCUCAUCUCACAGUUCUUCAACUAUUCGGUGACCCCGGCUGACGUGGAGAACAGGCCAGAGCAUACGCACACGGUGUUCAUCAAAGCGGCCGGUAACCUGGCGACCCGGAGCGCCCUGCACUACCUGAAGCGUUUCAUUGGCUUUGAGGGCCAUCCGCCGAUUUACAGGAGGACCAACGCCCUGUGGGCCCUCAAGGCUGCCGCUCACCAUCAUCCGGCACUGGCCCGCAAUAUCGCACUGCCGGUGUACGAGAACAAGAGCGAGAUGGCGGUCAUUCGAAUCGCGGCGUUUCGGUGCAUUCUCGAAACCAAACCGAACCUGUACAAGCUGCGUCACAUCGCCCGGUACGUCAUCGACGACCCCAGCGACCAGGUGGCAUCGUACGUGACCAGCACCUUCCGCGCUCUCCUCAAGUCCAAGUACCCGUGCCACCAAGAGCUUGCCCAGCAUCUCCGCUACGUCGUGCCUAUGUGGGACAACGUCCAGAGGUUCUCCAAGCCACUCGACUAUACCCAGUCCCAGCUGGCACUGUUAUCCGGCUACGACCCCGAGUAUGACUACGGUGGAGCGACCAUCUUCUCGAUGAUUCAGGCCGACGAUAGCUACCUGCCCAGAAGCCUCUACUUGAAGGCCAAGGACUAUUACGCCGGCUACUCGUACGACACGAUCGCCAUGUCCUUCGAAGGCUGGGGCCUGAACAAACUGAUCGAUGGCGUCGCGGGCCCACGACCGGGCUCCACUAAGAACCUGUGGAACUUCGGCGGGCGACGUCGGUUCACGAGGGAGGCGUCGGCAAAGGACCGCAAGGAGAUCGAGGACGCGCUCCCCAUUCAAGACUGGCCAUUCGAUCCCUUCUACGCACGUAUCGGUCUGAGCAUGUACGGAAACGAGAUCGACACCUGGGAGAUCGACGAGAGGAUGCUUGCCGAGUUGAAAGAAUCGGAAGGCGAAUACAAACCUGGCGACGAUCCCUGGGACAUCCUAACAAAGAAAGUACGCAGGAAGAGUUUUUUCCUCAACAACGACUACGUCCUUUUGGUGCCCACGGACAUGGGAGUUCCGGUGUUCAUGGACUUCAAGUCAGUCGACUUCGCCUUCGUUGACCGACAGAAGUUCGACUUCAUCCGCACCGCAGACGACAAGUUUUCAUUGGAUGUCAAGAGACGCUAUGUAUUUGAAAACCGGGGCUUCAGUGUGGUCGGUGUCGCCCUCACCUUCAAUGAGACGGCAGUGGGAAGUGGCAGCGACUCCCGCACUGUCCUGUCCCUGCCACUGGAGUUCAAGGCCACGCUCGACACCGUUAACCACAAGCUCCAUCUCCAACGACCUCUUGCUCUCCCCUGGAACAUUCUGAACCACCACAACCGGCCGUCCACCUUCGCCUUGCCGUUCGACCCAACCAGAGAUAUCGGUAACGCUGUCAUCCAGCUCGCCGACCCUCCGACUCCACUCUACAACAAGUUUGAGCUUACUGAGAUUGAUCGUGGGUUCCGCACCGACUCUCUUCCUAUCGGCCUGAACGUGGAAGGCAGCAUGCUGUCCAAGGGGCUGAGCGAGGGCCUGCACAAGUUCUGGUACGAGAUGGACUGGCGCCAGAAGUUCUACUACGCCGCCAUGAACCCGCACUGGCACCCGCGGGAACUCAGGCUGACCCUCGUUGAAGCCGAAAAGAACUUCCCUACGACGAUUGAACUCGACCUCAGUCACAAGUUCCUGAAGCCCGAAGACGCGAGGGAAAGCAAGUUCCCGGUCCACGACGCCAUCGACGGCGACACGGAGUCUCCCUCGACCCACGUCCUCAACGCCGAACUCAACUUCAGGGGAGGGAAAAAAGACCGCAAGAUCGCCACCGAGCUGAGAUAUUCCUACACUAGCGACACCUUCAAGCACAAGAUGCAGUUCUUCUACGACAGGGCAACGUCCCAGCAGAAGAAAGAACACAUCAAGAUCUGCUUGGAUAGCACCCUGAAGUUUCCGGCACCUGAAUGGUCGAGGCUCAAAAACCUCGCCACGUUCCACGAAGGCAAAGAGAUCGACUGCAGUCUGAACAUUCGCUACGGCACAAACUGCGAAGGCCAGUCCAGCAUUACCUUCAACGGCAAGUUCACGCACACCGACGACGACGCACAGCAGAUACGAGAAAACGCCGAAGCAAAGCCCCGGAGCCCCAACCGCCUCCGGCCGUUCUACCUGCGCGACAUGUACUCCAAGUGCGUCCACCACCAGAAGCUAGGAAUCCCGCUCAAUUACUACUGCGUCAAGUACAUGUACUACUCGAGCCGUCUUGGCAAGCUUACCAUGGACGUCGAGUACAAAAAACUCAAACCUCUCCUUCCCGGCCUGUAUUCUCACCUGACCGAGUAUCACUCGCAUUCCGAGGACCACGUGGGCUUCUUCGAAGUCAUCGGGGAGCACAUGGACGGUCCCACCGGAAAGCUGCGCGUCGUGUCCCAAGUCCCGCCGCGCCACAAAUGCGCCGACGUGCUGGUGUCCACGUCAGACGGACAUCACUUCUUCCAUCCCCACGUGCCGCUCUAUUCUCACAUUCUGGAGCCGAGGGUCUUCGUGGCGUUCGGUUACACCAACAUCGCCGAGUACACGGCGUACUACAAACAGAAGUACUGCGACCUUCAGGGGUCCAGCGUCAGGACCUUUGACGGCAUCAUCGUCCAGCUUCCGGAAACGAACUGCUUCAAGGUGAUCUCCAGAGACUGCACGCCGGACAACAAGCGGUUCCUUAUCCUGGCCCGCUCUACCGGCAACCCAGCUCUCCCCAAGGCGCUCAAGAUGUUCAUUCACAACACCAAGAUCGAGAUCCUCCAGAUAGCCGCGGACGCCGGACUCGUGGUUCGUGUGGACGGCAGCAGGGUCGAAGUACCGCUGGCAGUGCCUUACAGCCACAUGAGCCACGGCGCAGAGCUUUUCAAGAUCAAGCUGAAAAGCAAAUUCUACCUGAUCGAAUCGAGCUCCUACGGCCUCAGCGUCGGAUUCGACGGAAAGGUACUCACUGUUCAGACCGCCAGCUUCUAUCGUGGCAGCCUGUGUGGACUCUGUGCCGACUACAACUACGACAGGCUGAACGAACUUCUCGGUUCCGAUCACCAGGUUCACAACGACACGCUGGAGUUUGCCGAGAGCUACGUCGUUCCCUCUAGCGACUGCACGCCGCCAUGAGCGUGAUGAAGCCUGGAGGCACAUCAUCAUUCACUUGUGCCUUGUCAGCCUGUAUUAGAGCGCGUGUCAACAGUAGGUCGUUAGUUACAGGUUAACCGGAGACCAUGUUUCUACGCACUCUUUCCGACAACGAGGACAGAAUCAAUGUUUAUG